AUGAAUAAAAAAAAUAAAAAUCGAUCUAAAGCAUUGAAAUCAAAGAUUAUAAAUCCUAAAAUACUUGAUUUAAGGGAUAAAAUCUUGAAAUAAAUCUAACUUUAAAUAGAUGACUAAUAAUUUGUUGAGAAUUUAAUUCUGGACUAUGAAUUAAAAUCAUAAGGUUUAAGCUUAGAUGACAUUUUUGAUGGUUGUAUAUGGAAGGUGAUGUUUAUAUGUAAAUUCUAAAACUAUUUUCAAAGAAUAAUUCAAUAAAAAAAUAAGGGACUUUAAGAAAUAUUAUAAUGAAAUUUUCUUUUAAGUUUGGUAGUUGUCAAAUGGUGUAUUUUAUAAAUAGGAUAGCAUAUCAAUUAAAUGGUAUUUCUUGUCUUAAAUGCAAAUGUAUUAAGUGUUUUUUACUAGUUCAAAUAAGGAUAAAUAAUUCAUGCUUUUAUUCGAAUGUGCAGUGAUAAGAAAACCAAAGUUUGAUAAUCAUUAGGUACAAUUAAGUUUAUUCUAGUUUGAGUAUUUUGAGUUUAUCCACACAAUUACAUUUAUAGAUAUGUUGAUUAAAGAUUAAAUUAAGGAUUCAAUAAUUAAUAAUAUAUUCUAGGAAUAUUAAAUAAAAAAUGCACAGGAUCCAAGAAAAUAAUUUCCAAUACACUUGAAAGAGAGUUAAGUUAAUGGAUAAUUUGAUAAGAGUGGAAAAUCUUUGAAUAUAUACCAAUUAUUUUUAAGAAAUGAAGAUUAAAAUUGGAGUGUGUUCCAAUUUUAAAAUCAUUUUUAAAAGUAGUGUUAUUUUUAUCCAAACAUAUUUGAUGAUCAAAAGAUAAAAGACAACUCCAAUUUAGUGUAAGUUGAUAAUCUCUAUCUUUAUUCAGAAGAGCAAUAAUAUAUUAAGCAAAGAGAACUAAAUUAAUUGAGGAUUGAAAAAGAUGCUUCGAUUUUGGAGUCAAUUUAAAACAUAUCUUCUCUAUCAUAAAUAUUGGAUACUUUUUAUUAGAUGUCUGAAUAAAAGCCCUUAAUAAAAACGACUGAUUAAGAGUUAUAAGUAAUUGACACUAAUUAAAAUGCUUUGGUUAUUGGAAGAAGUGGAACAGGAAAAACCACAUGCACAAUUCUUAAAAUUUUAUCUCAAUAAUUGCUAUUUGAGAUUUCAUAUACAUAAAAUUUAUAAUAGGAGACCAAAUUUAAUAUUGUGUUUACAACCUCAAAUUCAUUAUUAGUGAAUGAAAUGAGAAAGUAUUUUAAGAAAUUAAUUUCUUUUGAAAAUUCAAAGUAAUGUCAGAAUUACAAUUUUAAUAAUGAUGAUGAUUUAAAAAGCAAUGAAAUAAAUUAGGUUAAGAUUUUGUUAAAAAAAAUGAAUAAGCGAUUUAACAGUUGGCAAAUUGAUGAUAAACAAAGCUUUUUAAAUACAAAAGAGAGUGAUUUUCCUGCUUUCUUACCAUUAAAUUAGUUUUUGAUAUUGAUUGAUAAUUCUUUAAAAAGCCCAUUUUUUUAACAAAUCAAAAUUAACAAAAGAAAAAUUGAUAAUGCAGGAUGGCAAGACAAGGAAGGUGUUUUUAAUUAAAAUAUUAUUAAUCAAAAUGAAAAUUACAAAUUAACUUAAUUUAAAGCAGACUUAAUUAGUUAAUAAUAAUUUUAACUAUAUGAAGUUGAUUAUGAAUACUUUUGUCAUACUUUCUGGACGACAGUAAGAAAAAAUAAUUUUAAUUUAGAAGAAGAAAUAUCUUUCAGUAAUUUUGUAUGGUGUUAGAUAUAUUCAAUAAUUAAAGGAUCGUAAUUUAGUCAUACAUAUCCAAAUCGUUAUCUACCAGAAUAAAUUUACUUAAAUUAUCAAUAAUAAUAAUAAAUAGAUUAAUAAACAUUACUAAAUGUUUAUUCCUACUUUGUGUUAUAUGAAAAAUGGAAAAAUCAACAAGGUUAUUUUGAUUAGAUGGAUCUUGUUAAUUACUUAAUUUAAAAAAUAAAAUUACAUGAAUAUCAGGGUGUCAAUUUGCAUUUCUUAUUUGUUGAUGAAGUUUAGGAUUUCACUUAAGCUACUUUAUUUUUAUUCAACUUGUUGGCAGAAUAACGAAUAAUGCUAUCAGGCGAUACAGCAUAAAAUAUUGUAAAAGGUGUAGGAUUUAGAUUUUAGGAUUUAAAAUAACAAAUUUUUGGCAUAAAAGAUUUUCUAACACACUCAUUAACAGUUAAUUUUAGAUCUCACAAUGAUAUUUUAUAAUUGGCCAACAAUGUUAUAUCAAUUAUUGAAAUUUUAUAUCCGAAAACAAUAGAUAGUCUAAAAAAAGAAUAAUCUGCAGAUUCAGGACCAAAACCAACAAUCAUUUCUUCAAAAGAUAUCAAUUCUAUCCUUUAUUUAAUGCAAGGUCAAGAUGAUGGUAAAAUAGAAUUUGGAUGUUAUCAAGCAGUUUUAUCAAAAAACCAUAAGAAUAUUCCUGAUAUUUUGAAGCAUCUAAUAGUAUUAAAUAUCUAGGAAUGUAAAGGAUUAGAAUUUGAUGAUGUUAUUAUUUAUAAUUUCUUUGAUGACAGUUCUAUACCAUAAAAUCAAUGGGAAUUGUUAAAAUUUUUAACAAUUGAAUAAAUUGAUGGAGAGAAUAAAAUUAGACCAAAACCUAAUUUAUAAGCAGUUGAUAUGAAGACUUAUUAAAUAUUAUGUAUUGAGUUGAAAUAUUUGUACGUUGCUAUUACUCGUGCCAGAAAAAGAAUUUUUAUUUAUGAUUAGAAUCCUAAUUCCAGAAAAUACAUAGAAAAAAUCUGGACUGAUCUAAAAUUAAUUAAUAUUCUUAGAUUUGAAGAUAAUUGUGAUAAAUCUAUUAAAAUUGAACAGCUCAUCAUAAUAAAAAAUUCUGAAAAAGAAUGGGAUGAUUAAGGUAUCAAAAUGUUCUAAUUAAAAUUUUAUGAGUAAGCUGCGAAAUGUUUUAAAUACUCGAAGAAUUAAAAUAUGGAGUAUUAAGCUGAAGCUUUUUCAUUAGCAUCUUAAGCUUAAUAAGGAUUAUUUCAAUUAGAGUCAGAAAUUAGUUCUAAAUCUCACAUUAAAAAAAAUAACUCUUUCCAUUCAAAAUAAUAUUAUUUUGAUGUAUUUUAACAAGCAGGAGAUAAAUUCAUAAAAGCAUUUUAAUUAGAAUAAGGAGCUGCUUGCUAUUUUUCUGGAAGAAAAUACGAACUUUCCUUAAGAUAUUAUUUGUAAGCUUAAUCUUGGAAAUCAGCAUUAGCAACAAUAGAAUACGUAAAUAAUUAGGAAGUACUAGCAGGAAUUCUGCAUUGGAAAUGCAAAAAUUACGAACGUUGUUUAAAUAAUUUUGAAUCUUUUGGCAAUCCAAUUAUAUUUGUUUCUAUUUUGGCCUUUCUAAAAUAAUAACUUAAUUAUCGUUUAUUUUAAGCUAAAUUUCAUACUUGGUUUCCAUUAUUAAUCUUAAAACUUUCAUAGUUGAAACCUCCAGAUUUAACAUUAGAUUUCUCACUUUUAACUGAAAAUGUACCUGAUUAUAUUCAACAGUUUAAGGGUAUUCUUCAUGUUCUACAUACUUCUGUAAAAUUAGAUAUCUGUUAGUAAGAAUAACUAUUGGAUUAGAUAUUUAAUUUUGUAUAUCUUUUUUAAGAUGAUAUCCUUUAGUUAAUGACUAAAAUACACAUUAAUUAUAAUAUAGAAGUAUCUAAACAAAUACUGAAACAUGAAAAUUAAACAUCCUAGUUUAGUAUCAAAUUAAAAAUAUAAUUAUUAUAGGACAUAUUCACUUAUUAUAAGUUAGAUUCAUUGUUAGCAUUAUUGUAUCAAUGCUUUAAUAUAAAAGAUUAGACAAAACGUAUUAUUGGAAUGUUUUAUAAGGAAUCAUUUCUGUUUAAUAAUUAAAAUAAACUGUAAUUAUCUAAUGAUCCCAUCAUAACAAAAGAUAUUUUUCAAAUUGUUCCUUGCAAUUGGACAACAAAAAAUUAUCUCUAACCAACCUUUUAGUUAUGCUAAUUAGGAUUUUAUGAAUCAGGAAUUUAGUUAAUACAAAAGAUAUUAUCUUUAAAUAAUUUAUCUGAAUAAUAAUUCAAAUAUUGUAAGGAAGAUGAAGCUGAAAUAAAUUAUGUUUUUUUCCAAACAAGUUCAUAAAUAGGCUUUGAUAAUAUAAUAUCAUAAUUGGACCUCUAUUUUUAAUAAGGAUCAUUCUUAGGAAAUUAGGUUAGGUAAAUUGAUGGAUUUGCUUAGAUAGAAUCAAUUAAAAGUAAAAUUGAGACUAAUCAAGCUUUGGCAUAGGAUGAAAUGUAAUUCCUAUUUUAAAAUAUUAACCCUUUACAUUUUUAACAAUAAGUUAAUCCUGUUCUUUAAAGUAAACAAUUAUUAGUUGGCAUAAUUCUCUUAAAAAUAAUAGUAGAAAUAGAAAGGAUUCAAAAUCAUGUUAUCUAUUAAUAAUUAAAUGGAUUGGGUCAUGUAGAAUAUCAACAUUUCAUUCGAUUUAUUUAAGUUUGCAUUGAUCUCUGUAAAUACAAUUAAGACUUAUAUUUUUAAAUUAUUUGUUUGUAUUCUAUCUAAUGUGUAUUCUCUCUGAGAAUAGCUUCGAAAUUAACAUUAAAUUAACUAUCCUAAUCAGUAGUUUUUAUACAUAAGAAUUCAGUAUUAUUUAAAUUUAAUCUAAUAAAUUAAAAUGGAUGCAAAUUAAUAGAUAAUCAAAAAUAAGUCUACCUGUUUAAUUCUAAGGAAGUAUUAAAUAUUAUUUCCAAUUACCUAAAAGGGUUUCUAUUGAAUUACAGUAGAAAAUACUUUCAUCGAGAAUAGCAAAACAUUUCAAAGGCCCCUUUCAUAAUUUAACAUUUCACAUAUUUAAGAGUAAAAUUUAAAGGGAAUAUAGAUGUUCCUGAAGGAAUAAAAAAAUUUUAAUUAUUUUAGGAAGUCUAUUAUGAUUUUUAUUUAGAAAAGUGUGUUAAAUUGUAAAUAAUUGAUUCGUUAUUUACAAUAAUCUCGCAAUGUGCUGAACCAAGAUUGAUAUUAACCAAAAAAAUGUUAGCUGAAUUAUCGACCUAUUACUUUUUUAAAGGGUUAUAGGAAACAGAAAUGUAAUAAAUGCAUAACUAUAUAAUGAUUGGGAUAUGCAUCCAAAAUAUCUCUCAUGAGUAACACUUAUCUUUAAGGUUUAUCGAACAUUUAAAAUCAGUUCAAAAACAAUCUUGCUUGGAUUAUUAUAUUCAUUAUAUCAAUUAUUUAUAAAUUACAAACCAUUGCUUAUCUUUAGAUGCUUGUAAGGAUUACUUUAAGUUUCAUUAUUUAUAAAAGGAAUACUUAUAGCCAUAAUAAAUUUUAAAAGAUUUAUCAUUAAUAGCUUUGAUUUUAAUCUUCUACAAUGCUAUCUAAAAUAAUGUAAGUACUGUUUUAGUAACUGAAUCAUCAUUAAAAUUUCUAUAGCAUAACUUGACUCCUGGAAAUUCUUAUCAAAUUAAAGUCUAAGAGCAAAAUUCUUUAGAGGAUUUAAAUAGUAAAAUCUAGAAAGAAUUAGUUGAAAAGAUAUUUGAAUAAGUAAAAUAUUAAAUAGAUUAAAGAACUUAUUCUGUAUAUUUAAGACUAUUAUCAUCUAUUAUUUUAAAUGUAGGAUCAUUAUGGGAUGGUUUAAGUGAUAGACUAUUUGAAAUGGCAGAAGAAUUAGAAUACGAAAGUUAGGAUCAAGAUUUUUAAAUCUUGGCUGAAUUAGUUUCAAAACCAUUAGAUGAAAGAAGAAAUUACUUAUCGCCAUUUCAAAAACUUUGUUACAUUAAUUUUGAAUAUGCUAUUAUUUCUGGGAAGGAAAUUGAAGAGUAUUUAGAAACAAAAUACAAAAAAAGAUUCUUAGAAUCGAGCUUCUUAGAUAAAAUGAAUUUUUAAUAUUAAGAACAUUUUAAAAAUAAAUUCUAAAAUAUCUAUAUUGGAUUAAGAUUGAUUCUUUUUAGACCGUUGAGUUUUAAAAACGGUUAGAUUGUAGAAAAGUAAAUAGAGGAAAAAUUGGUUGGUUAAUUAUAUGAAAAAAUAGAUUUGAUUCGAAAGUAAAAUAUUAUAUUGGAUAGGUUUUAGGAUGUUACUUGAAACUUUAUAUUCAAAACUAAUUGAUAAUGGUGCCCAUUUCAUAGCAAUAACUGAUGAAUUACGAUUGUUGAGUAAUUUGGAGUAGGAAGUUGACUAUUUUAUUUCAAAGAAUGAACGAUACGCAAAUAAGAAAAUCAUUGAGCCUUCCAAUUUAUUGCAAGAAUUAGGAUAAAUAUAAGAACAAAUAGAGAAAUGGAAAUUAUUGAACCAAGAUUUGAAUGAGAAUCUGAAUCUAAUGGAGUAUUCAUUUUAGAAGUAAAAGGAAGAGGAACAAGAAGCAUAUGAAUUAUUAUAACAAAGAAUCAGUCAAAUUUUAAAAUGA